CAUAUUUGUAAGUUCAACUUCCGGCCCCCUGUUGUCUGCGGGCUGCAGCUGGACUUUUCUGUCUCGCUCAAACUCUCGCUGAUCCUCAUGCCUGGGAUUGGACCGUCACUGGGGUACUUCCGCUGAAAUCUGCAGGUUUUUACAGUCUGUGGGUAAACCACUUCCUUUCUGAUACCGAGGCUAUGAUUUUUAUCAAGCAGUAAUGUCUCAGCAACAGUUUGGAUUUCAGCGCAUCAGUAAUAGUAAAGCUGAGCAUUGCUGUGUGCCUUUUUGUAAAGCCUCUAGUAAGUACAACAAAGUACUUAGUUUUCACACAUUUCCCUCUGAUACGGAAACCAGGCUAAAAUGGUUUGCUGCUAUCCGGAGGGAGGUUAGUCCCCAUACUCGAGUUUGUAGCCGACAUUUUAAAAAGGAGGACUUUCGUGUGCCGGUCUUUAACACAGGGAGGCGCAUGUUAAAGAGGGGAGCUGUUCCAGAGUUGUUUGAGUGGAACAAUUACACCCAUCCAGGUACAGAACCGAUGGUAUGGGAGAGGAAACGAUCCCAUCCACCUCUCCUGGACCACGACUAUGCUUCGGCUCCGGACCCCGCAGUCCUCAACUUAGCUCUCGAUGAAAACAUGUCUCUCAGAGAGGAGAUCCUCCAGCUGAGGAAACAAAUAGAGGAGCAGACUUUAAAUCAGCGGUUUGGUCUCCAUCGUUUUGCUGGCUCAGACAAGGACAUACGGUUUUUCACAAGGUUUGCAUCCUAUGACCUACUCAUGCGAUUCUGGGCUUUAAUAGAGCCCUUGCUGCCCUCUAUGGUCAGUGUGACACAAGCACAGAGUGGCACCUUCACAGAGCCAAGUUCCCCUGCUACUCCUCCCCUGCAGCCCAUAGAUGAGAUGUUCAUGUUUCUCAACUAUCUUGCGCUGGGUUUAAAAUGGCAUGACCUUGCUGACCGGUACGGAGUCCGCCAGUCCACAGUCGUUCGUACUAUUACAACAUGGAGCGACUUUCUGUACACUGUGCUCGGGUCAGUGAGGAUCUGGAUACCAGAGGAGAGAAUAAAGGAACAUUUGCCAGAAGAGUUCAAGGAUUAUGGAGACACUAGAGUCAUCCUGGACUUCACGGAGCUGAGGUGCCAGCCAUCAUCACCUCUUGACCAAAGUGAAGCGUUCUCUGCAUGCAAGUCCCACUACACUCUCAAAGGGCUGCUCGGAGUUGCUCCUCAUGGGGCGGUGACAUUUAUUUCUCCACUGUACGCCGGAUCCAUCAGUGACAAACAAAUCACGGAAGAGUGUGGAAUUCUUUCCCUUUUAAGACCCGGCAUGGCUGUCAUGGCUGACCGAGGUUUUCUCGUUAAUGUCUUUGUGCCUUGUAAAAUCUAUAGGCAGCCAUUAUUCUCUCAUAGAUCCCAGAUGUCUGCUCGUGAGGUCAGGGCGACCCAAGCAAAUGCACGCCUCACGGUGCAUGUGGAGCGCCUCAUACUUCGUGUGAAGGAACACAAGUUCUUUGACACAGAGAUUCCACCUCAGCUUAUUGGCAGCAUUAAUCAGCUGUAUGCUGUUGCUUGUCUCCUGACAAACUAUGAAAAUGGACCUCUUGUAAAGGCAUGAGCAAAGAAACCGGAGUAGCACAUGUUGUUUUUUUUCCAGUGGUUGAUGAAGAAUUGGAGGCCCUAGAGGCACAAGGAAAAGAGUCAAUACCACACUAUAAAAAUACUCUACUACAAGUAAAAGUCUCGCAUUCUGAACCUUAUUAAGUAAAGGUUUAUAAGUAUUAUCAGCAAAAUGUGGAAAGUAAAAAUAGUCAAUGUGUGUGGGACCCCACAGUGUUCUACUA